AUUUAAACCAAAAGAAGCAAACACGGUUCACGCAUCGCCUCUCACAAAGUAGCUUUUGCAGAACGCUGAGUCCUCAAGAGCAACCCGCAUAAAAGGGGGGGAAAAAAAACAACCAAACAUGGCUUUUCGUGUUACAAGGAACCGCGUGGCUUCCAUUAGGACCGACCUCGAUGGAAAGGCGUGCGGGCCCACAAAGCAGCGAGCAGCCCUUCAGGAAAUUGGAAACGUCCCAACUACUAAAGAGACACAAAAGGCUGUCAAGGUCCAGGCUAUUAAGAAGCCCAAAGCGCCGGCUCCAAAGGAAAACCCUGAGCCCAAACCAAAGGAUGUUGCCGUGCCAGGGGUUGCUCCAGAGUCGACCUCCCCAACCCCGAUGGAGACGUCCGGCUGCGAGCCCGCUGACCUGUGUCAGGCGUUUUCAGAUGUCAUUCUUCAAAGUGCCAUCAGGGAUGUGGAUGCAGAGGACUAUGAUAACCCAAUGCUCUGCAGCGAAUAUGUGAAAGAAAUAUACAAGUACAUGCGUCAGCUGGAGGCUGAGCAGAAUGUUCGAGCCACGUAUCUCCAAGGCCAGGAAGUGACCGGUAACAUGCGUGCCAUACUUAUAGACUGGCUUGUCCAAGUGAGCCUGAAGUUCCGUCUGCUGCAGGAGACGAUGUACAUGACUGUGGGAAUAAUUGAUCGCUUUCUUCAGGACCACCCAGUCCGCAAGAACAAGCUGCAGCUGGUCGGAGUGACCGCCAUGUUCCUGGCUUCCAAGUACGAGGAGAUGUACCCGCCAGAGAUCUCCGACUUUGCCUUCGUGACCGACAGGGCGUACACCACUGAUCAGAUCCGAGAGAUGGAGAUGACGAUCCUGCGUGUGCUCAAAUUCCAGCUGGGUCGCCCUCUUCCCCUGCAGUUCCUCAGAAGGGCAUCUAAGAUUCAUGAGGUAACUGCAGAGCAGCACACGCUGGCCAAAUAUUUGCUUGAGCUGACUAUGGUCGACUACGAAAUGGUUCAUUUCCCACCUUCAAUGGUGGCGAGUGCUGCUUUGGCGCUGACACUGAAGCUUUUGGAUGCUGGGAAGUGGGAUGCGACGCUGCAGCACUACAUGGACUACACCGCUGACAGUCUGGUUCCCGUCAUGGCGCACAUUGCAAAGAACGUCGUGAAGGUGAACGAAGGAAAAACUAAGCAUAUGGCUGUCAAAGGGAAGUAUUCUACUUCCAAACAGAUGAAGAUUGCAACAAUUUCGCAGCUCAAGUCAUCUGUAGUGAAGGAGCUUGCGAUGCAGCUCACACAGUGAGAUUGACUUUUUGGCACAAUGUGCUAUUUUGUACAGAGUUUUUGGCUUUUUACACUUUUUUUUUAAAGUUUUAAUGACUUUUAAUCUCUGUAAAUACUCAAACUUAAUCCCCCUGCAGACUAUCCCAUCUUAACUUGAAGCCCCCUCCAGAUUGUCAAAUUGCAUCUAUUUAUGCUGUUAAUGUGUUAUGCAAGCUUGAGCUUUGUGGUUCUUAAAUGUUAAACAUUAAAUGGUUUUGGCCAGAACUUUGUCAUGGCUUUCUAACCUCUAGAGGGCGCCAUUGGAUAAGGGUAUGAAGUCCUACGUUUGGUUGACUCUAAAGUACAUGUAGUAUUUGACGACCUGAAACCAGUACUGUACAUACUGGGCCUGUCUAUACUUGAACAUUUUCAAGAGUUGAUUUUGCCUUUUAAUUUGAGUCUGAA